CGUUCGGAGCUAAUGGAGAGAAGAUGUCCACUGCCUUCAUCCCCGUGUAGCUCAGGACAGCCUCCUACCGGUCCUCUUCCACAGAUACCCCCGUCAGCUGCGUGGUGUAGACCGACCCGAGAGGCCCGAUGUCUGUGGCCAAUGCGAAGCACACGGUGUUAAACCCGGUGAUCCCAUACACAGGACCUAUACCUGGAGGCCUGCACCCCGGGGAGAUCAUCAUCAUCCAGGGAACUGUGCCCCAGGAUGCUGACAGGUUUCAGAUCGACCUGUCAAGCGGCUGCAGCACCAAGCCGCGCUCGGAUGUCGCCCUCCACUUCAGCCCACGUUUUAAAGGCUCGCCCUGCGUGGUGUGUAACUCCCUGCUGCAGGAGAGCUGGGGAAAGGAGGAGACGCUCCAUCAGCUGCCCUACAAACGUGGAGCGCCGUUCGAGACCAUCAUACUGGUGCAUGAGGAGGUCUUCAAGGUGGCAGUAAACGGCACUCACUUAUUAGAAUACAAGCACAGAGUCCCAUUAGACAGGGUCGACACGUUUUCUAUUUCUGGGAAAGUCAGGGUGCACGCCGUAGGCUACAUCCCAAACUCAGCAAUAUACUCUGAAUCAGGUGACCUGAGCCUCCCUUACAAAGGCAGUAUACUGAAAGGACUGAGCCCCGGGCAGCAUAUUACAAUCAAGGGACAGGUCAGCUUGUAUCCACACAGCUUCACAGUUAACCUCCGUAACAGCAGGACGGAGAACAUCGCCCUCCACCUGAACCCUCGCAUGAAGUCGGCCGUGUUCAUCAGGAACUCGUACCUGGGUGAAACCUGGGGUCAAGAGGAGCGGGAGCUGCCCUUCUUUCCCUUCUCUUCAGGGGAGUACUUCGAGAUCCUCAUCCUGUGUCAGCCUCAUCAGUUUAAGGUGGCGGUCAACGGCUCACACUUGUUCGAGUUCAGACAUCGCGUGCAGGACUUGAGCAGCAUCGACCAGCUGGAGAUCAUGGGAGACCUGGAGCUUAAUGACGUCAAACUGUGGUGAGCCACAGCUCCAGACGUAUGAAGGAGCCCUGCAGCAGAACCACCAACACUAGUCUGGGAUAAGCUUGAGGUACACCCCCACGCCACGAGGACGACGGAUGCUUCAGAAUCAAAUGUUAGAUGAGGGUAUCUUAGUUUAAGCUGCUCUUUUUUGGUGACAGAAGCUCAGAUUGGUCGUACCAUGAACAAAGCAGUUCAUCCGUCCAGAAGACUGAUGCAUGAGGCGAUCAGGCUCUGAGCCCCCAGAAGGAAAUGACUGUUUACAACCACGAGUGAGGUUUGCCUCGGUUUAUGUCUUCUUCUGUCUGACAUGCAUCUGCUGUUUAGUGCACUGUACAGUUACAAUGAGAAAUGUGUGUAAAUAUACAUGAACAAAUGUCAAGGUCAUCAGCAAAUAUAUGAAAAUGAACAGAAGCACUUUUUGUUAGAAGAAAAGUCUAUUCAGAACCAAGUCAUUUUAGAACUAAUUUUAAAAGCGCAUUACCCAGAAUUCCAACAAAUGUUUAGUGAUUAAUCUGUUAUCAUUGAUGUAAAUCCUCAGGAACAUGAACCAUGAACGUGAAUUGGAAAGUCAGGGUCCUAUGCACUUUAUGUAACCCAAAUUUACAUCCAACAGUGCAACCACACAAGCACAGCGCAGAACAGGCUCGGUUUAACCUGAAGUUUCAUCAUUCAAGUUCAAUACCCACACAUGACAUUUUCAGUAUUUCUGUAAGUUCUGAAUUAAAGUAGUAUCCUGCAUCUGUGACCGUCUCCCGUCUCACUGUUCUCCAACUCUGCAAAGCUCAAGCCUGCUCCAAUAUAACUCCUUUGCAAUGUCUGUUGUAACUGAUGUAAAAUAUGUAUGAAAAUCUACCCUGUGUAAAUGAUUUAAUAGCAAAUAAAUGUGUAACUAAUAUCUAUUUAUCUUCAAAGAUGACUGAUAGAGCUGUUAAAUCCUGCUUCCUCGACUGUUGUUGCUGCUCAGACACUGUGUGCUUUGUAUUAAAAUUUGCAGCAUCUCCAA